AUGGGUCUCAAGGGGGCAUGGUGUUUCCCAUGGUGUGGGUGCCGGAGACAGCGGGGGACUGCAAGAGGAGCAGGCCUGGAUCCCGCUGUCCGUCCAGAUCCAAAUCCCAGCCCGGCCCCCAUCACGGCCGAGGGAGGGGUGCCGUCCUUGGGGUCUGGCGCCUACUUCAGCCGGAAAGCCCGACUCUCCUUCCGUCACCAGCUGCAUGACUUCGCAUCCGCCAACGACUCCACCAUUUAACGGGGACAACCAGGGGCUGAACUUCCAGGAAGCUUGGCAACCUCCCCUCCCCAGUCUUCUCCGUGAUCCGUCCGGACCCCCGUCCCUCAUGACCUUGUCGUCAAAUAUACUCAG